UGUUGUGAUUUCGAUUCUUGUUUCAACAAUCAACCUUAACCAAACCCAUUUGUAUUCAUUUUCAGGCAAUGGUGUUAUCGAAUUUCAGGACUUCAAAGCAUACAUGUCGAAAAAGCAACAACAGAGUCACCAGGACAGGACAGAGGAAAUGAUGGAAGCAUUCAGAGUAUUUGACAAAAACAAUGACAAAUUUAUAGACGCCCGUGAACUGGUAUAUGUCAUGACACGUAUCGGCGACACACUGACUAAACAAGAAGCCGAGGAAAUGAUCAAAGUGGCGGAUGUCAAUGAGGAUGGGAAAAUCGAUUAUCUGGAAUUCGCUAAAUUCAUCGCUGCUCCAUUCGGCCAGUAA